AUGAUUGAAUAUACUCCAGCUGAUUAAAUUGAUGAUUACUUUUUGUUUAAGAAUUAUUAGAUGAAUUCAUUCCUUAAUAUUGCAAUUGUAAUUAGUCACUACCUUAAAGAAAUUAUUAUUUAUUGGUAACAUGCCUUUUCGAGGGAUCCUAAGAGGAAAAUUUUCAAUUUUAUUUAUUUUUAGAGUAUCACUACUUUAUCGAUUAGAAUUUUAGAUAGACUCUAAAUAUAUUGUUAUUCUAUUCCCAAAUUCUUAGGAAAUACUAAUUUCAUCUUGAUGCUAGAUUUUAUUAUGCGUUUCAUGAUCUUCGUGAUGAUUGAAGAUUCUUUAAAUUCUCAAAUUUUUCUCAUGAACAAUGAUCUCUCUUGGUAGGAAUAAAACAAUUAAUUUUUAACAAGAAAUUCUUUAUCUGGUUUAUAGGUAAGAAAAUGCAAUCGUUAAUUAGAUGAUAUCCUUAACAUGCUACACAAUUAAUAGAUAGAUCUUAAUAAUGAAAUAAAAUCUUGUUUCACAUUUCACAAUAUUUUUGGAAGUCCAUAAUAAACCUUUCCAACAUUUCUAAAUUGUUUUAUUAGUUUUGUUUCAAUACGAUUUUUUUCCCCCUUCUGGAUUAUAAAAAUUGAAUUUUCAUUAGUAGAUUUUGAUUAGAAAAUGAUUUUCUGGGAGUAAUUCACUAAAUAUUCAUACUGCAAACGAUUUGAUGAAUUGUAGACGAUUGAUAAUUCUUAUUGA